AUGGCUUUCACGACCUUUGCGACGAGCUUCGUCUCGUAUCUCAUGGACGUGAUGCACAAAUCACCCCUGGAAGCGAGCACGAUCAUCACAGUGUUCUUUGGAGUUUGUGGAACCACGCCACUCCUUGGGGGCUUUCUCGCCGACGCUUACCUUGGCCGAUACGCCACCAUCGCCAUCUUUUCGAUCGUCCACCUCCUGGGACUCAUUCUCUUGGCUGCUGGAGCCGUGGUAGCUCCACUCUCUCCAAGGAUUUGCAAGCACGACGCUGAACAAUGCCUAGACGAGAAGGCCACAGCUUUCCAGAUGGGAUACCUCUACGUCUCGCUGCUCAUCGUCGCGAUCGGCUUUGGGGGGAUCAAAUCCAACAUCGUUGUCUUUGGAGCCGAUCAAUUCGACAGAGGCAACCCCAGCGACAAGAAGAACCUCGGCAUGUUCUUCAGCUCCCUCUACAUGACGCUCGACCUGGGAUUCGUCCUCGCGCUCACGAUCGUCGUCUACAUCCAGGUCCAAUUCGGCUGGAACUGGGGGCUCACCACCCUGGCCAUCGCCAUGGCCGCCGGGAACGCAUUGUUCUUCGCUGGAACGCCCUUCUACAAGCAAAAGCGGCCGAGCGGGAGCCCAGUGACGAGGCUCCUCCAAGUGAUCGUGUCCGCGUAUCGAAAGAGGAAGCUGGAAUUGCCGCAAGAUGUGAAUUUGCUCUACGAAGUUCCUGGAAGAAUGUCCGCCAUCCCGGGGAGUAGCAAGAUCCAGCAUACCGAUGGACUAAGAUUUCUCGACAAGGCCGCGGUGAAGAUCGGCCUGGAUCACGAAGUGGAGGGAUCGUGGACGCUGUGCACGGUGACCCAAGUCGAGGAGCUCAAGGCGAUGAUCCGGCUCUUGCCAAUCUGCGCCACCACGAUGCUCCUCAUGAGCACCGUCGUCGUGCUCCUCAACUAUUCCACCGUCCAGGCCCUGAUGAUGGACAGAAGCCUCUCCAAAUCCAUCCAGGUCCCAGCUCCAUCCGUCCCGUUUCUCUCCUCGGUGUUCGUCAUGAUCGCCAUCCCCUUCUACGAGCUCGUCUACGUCCCAGCGAUGCAAAAGCUCACUGGAAAUCCUCGCGGAACCACGCAUCUCCAGAGAAUCGGGAUUGGGCUCUUUCUGUCCACGCUCACCAUGAUCGUCGCCGGAUUCGUGGAGCACAAGAGGGCGGAAUCCAAGAGGGCGCGAUUCUCCGCGUUCUUGCUCACGAUCCAGUUCUCGAUGUAUGGUCUCGCGUCGAUCUUCGGGACGAUUGGAUUGAUCGAGCUCUUCUACAGCCAGGCACCGGAAGGGAUGCGCUGCUUUGGAAGCUCGCUGCUGCCAUUCACAGCCGCGAUUGGGAGUUUCUUGGCGAGCGCGCUCAAUUCCAUCGUGGGAUCGUCCACGAAUUGGCUCCACCAGAGCUGGCAGUGGCAUCUCGAUUACUACUACUGGCUUCUCGCAUGUCUCAAUGCCGUGAACUUUGCGUUGUUCCUCGUGUGUGCGCGAUUCUACACGUACAAGGAAGAGCAAGACAAAGAAAGAGAUGGUGAAACGUGUUAG